AUGGAGGAGGUGAUGGAGGAGGUGAUGGAGGAGGUGAUGGAGGAGGAGAUGGAGGAGGUGAUGGAGGAGGUGAUGGAGGAGGUGAUGGAGGAGGAGAUGGAGGAGGUGAUGGAGGAGGAGAUGGAGGUGAUGGAGGAGGUGAUGGAGGAGGUGAUGGAGGAGGAGAUGGAGGAGGUGAUGGAGGAGGAGAUGGAGGUGAUGGAGGAGGUGAUGGAGGAGGUGAUGGAGGAGGUGAUGGAGGAGUGCUCUCUCUUGUGUUUGGGGCCGUGGGCUCUGGCUUUGACCAUCUGCCUCGGCACUGUCCACACCGAGACGAGAACUGUCCGGCCAGAAAGAGCGAGGGAGGGCCAUCUCAGUGACACUUUGCUGGAGGUGGUGGGUCUGGAGGGGGCCAUCGAGAUGGGCCAGAUCUACACCGGACUGAAGAGUGCGGGACGGAGACUGGCCCAAUGCUCCAGCGUCACCCUCAGGUCUGUGCCUCCUACCCUUCCCUACCCUACCAUAACCAUAACCCUGCCAUAA